AUAUCAUUACAGACUAUAUGGGCAUCCGAAAUGAGAGUUUCAUGAAGGUAGCUGCUGUGGGGACCUGGAUGGGGGACUUUGUCACAGCUUGGAUGGUCACUGAUAUGAUGCUUCAGGACAAACCCUAUCCUGAUUGGGGGAAAUCUGCAAGAGCUUUCUGGAAGAAAGGAAAUGUUAGGAUCAUUUUAUUCUGGACGGUUCUGUUCACUCUGACUUCUGUGGUUGUACUCGUCAUUACAACUGACUGGAUCAGCUGGGACAAGUUGAAUCGGGGAUUUUUGCCUAGUGAUGAAGUUUCCAGAGCUUUCCUGGCUUCUUUCAUCUUGGUCUUUGACCUCCUGAUUGUCAUGCAGGACUGGGAAUUCCCCCAUUUCAUGGGAGACGUUGACGUAAAUCUCCCUGGCUUGCAUACGCCUCACAUGCAGUUCCAGAUUCCUUUCUUCCAGAAGAUCUUUAAGGAAGAAUAUCGCAUUCACAUAACAGGUAAAUGGUUUAACUAUGGGAUAAUCUUUCUCGUCUUGAUUUUGGAUCUUAAUAUGUGGAAGAACCAGAUAUUUUAUAAGCCUCAUGAAUAUGGACAGUAUAUCGGCCCAGGGCAGAAGAUAUAUACAGUUAAAGACUCAGAAAGUUUAAAGGAUUUGAACAGAACCAAGCUAUCCUGGGAAUGGAGGUCCAAUCAUACUAAUCCUCAAACGAAUAAGACGUAUGUUGAAGGAGACAUGUUCCUUCACAGCAGGUUCACAGGGGCUAGCCUUGAUGUCAAGUGUAUGGCUUUUGUCCCAAGUUUGAUAGCUUUUGUGUGGUUUGGAUUCUUCAUUUGGUUCUUUGGACGCUUUUUGAAAAAUGAGCCAGGCAUGGAGAAUCAAGAUAAAACUUACACUCGCAUGAAACGAAAAUCCCCAUCAGAACACAGCAAAGACAUGGGAAUCACUCGAGAAAACACCCAGGCCUCGGUGGAAGACCCUUUGAAUGACCCUUCUUUGGUUUGCAUCAGGUCCGACCUCAAUGAGAUUGUCUUCAAGUCUUCCCACCUAACGUCGGAAAACUUGAGCUCGCAUUUGAAUGAGCCUGCCAGCGCGACAGAAGCUGACCCUGAUCCAACGACUUCUAAAAGUACACCCACGAACUAGAUUCACGUACUUGGAGACAGAAAACAAAACAAAAAAAAAGCAACCCUGAGUGUACCUUUCAAUAAUUUAGUCUUUCUUUUUGUAAAUGUAAGGUCUGCUUAAUGUUAGGUAGAGAAAUACAGACAAUGCCACAACGGUGCUCAACAUGCUUUUUCUAGGACUCAUUGUUUUCUAUUUGUAUGAUGAUACACGUGCCUACUGUAUAUCCAACAACCCUCUAGAGAUUGCUUUUCACAAUUGCACAAGCUAUUAACUGACUUUACAGCGUAGUAGAAGAUUAGCUGAUUACCUGUGUAUCUGAUGUUCAACCAUAGUGGUGCCUUGAGACAUUAAACUGUUUUUAAUUGUACCA